AUGGCUGCGCUUGGCCCCUCGGCGGCGCGUGUCCGCGGCGCUGUUUCCGGCUGGAGCACCACCCGCAACAUGAUCUCGUGUUCACACCCGGCGCGCUUUGCGUCACAACAAGCGCAGCCACCACUACGAACGACACAGACAAAAUCAUCAUACACACAGUCUACAAUAGCACCAGGAGCCAUGCAGAUGCAACAGCGGUCCUCCUUCUCCACCUCCCCCGUCCUCGAAAAGCGCCAUAAAUACCGCUCGCGUGACAACAACCGCCUGCGCGGUGUCUCGAGCAUCCGCCGCACAGGACCUCGCCAGUUCCUGUCCGUGUCCGACUCCCCGCUCCCCCGCUCGACCCUGCCGGGUGUCGGCGGCACCAGAGAGGCCAAGGAGGCCAUGGCCGCUGCAACGCGGCCUGAGAUUGACCCGGAACACGGCCUGUGGCAGUUCUUCUACGACGGCCAAGUGGCACAACCGCCGACCAAGGAUGCGGCUUUUGGACGGCCCUGGAUGGCCGAGGAGCUGCGGCGCAAGAGCUGGGACGACCUGCACCGGCUGUGGUGGGUGUGCGUCAAGGAGCGCAACCGGAUUGCGACGGCGACCGAGUCGCGGAAGCACUUUGACCUGGGCUUUGGCAAUUUUGAAGCGCAGGAGCGCGACGCUGCGGUCCGCGAAACGAUGAGACGUAUCAAGCACGUGCUGACGGAGCGCUUUUAUGUGUGGGAGGAUGCCGUCGAGUUGGCCCGCACGGACCCGGAGAUUGACCUGUCCGGAAACGGUCCGGCAUUCCGGCCAGCAGCAUACCUGGAGGAUGAGCCAGCGGCAGCUGGUGAGAGUGGAAAUACAGAGGCUGCGCCGGCAGAAAGCAGGUCAGGAGAGCAGGAGCCGGCCCCUGUACGGUAA